AUGGUCGUCGCACUCCAAUGUUUCAUUAACAAUACUCCAUUCCAUGUUUCUUUUAAUAACUUAGAGAAUUCUGGUGAUAACUUUGAAAUGACUGGUAACUCUAAACAUGUUAGUGGAUUGUGGGUUCCAUAUAAAAAAUCAGGUAAAUCAGUUAAAAUCUUAGUAGGUUCCACUGUAUUCACAAUGUAUGACGAUGAAUGGAAGAUUCGUCAUUGA